AUGAAACGGAUCAAUGCUAGCAUUGAAGCAACAGAGAUCACUGACCGAUCUAUGGUUACAUUAAAAUCCUACAUUGUAGAGGCCAUUUCAAAUAUGGAUAAGAUAUGUAUUGAAAACAGGAAAAAAACAACUGUUGGGAUUUUUGGGAAAUCAGGAGAAGGAAAGAGCACUCUAUUAAGUGCAAUCCUGGGUAAAGAGGAUCUACUUCCAACUGGUAGUGCCGGUGCAUGUACAGCUGUUCUAUCUCAAGUGGAAGCAAAUCUGAGUGACUCCAACUACAUAGCAGAGAUUGAACUCAUUUCUCAAGAGGAAUGGGAGAAAGAACUUCAAGAUCUUUUCAGUGUUUUGUCGGAUGACAGCGAGGACAGAGAUGAUGACAUGAAGAAUUGUGCUAAAGAAAAGAUCACUGCACUGUAUGGAGAAGAUGCACAUAUGAAAACAUUAGAAGAGCUCAAGGAUCAUGACAUAUAUGCUAAAAUUGAUAAUCUUUCUCCCAACAAUAGUAUAACCAUCUCAAAAUGUAAUGCCUCUAAAUUUGCCGGUGAAAUUGCAUGCUACAUACAACAUAGUGAAUUACAUCCUGGUGGUUGGUACUGGCCGCUUGUGAAAAGUGUGAAAAUUAAGAUUCCAAACUUUCAUGAACUCUUGGAGAACAUUGUCCUAAUUGAUCUUCCUGGUACUGGAGACUGCAACAAGAUAAGAGAUGACCUCUGGAGAUCUAAACUAAGAGAUUGCUCUUCUGUGUGGGUUGUAAGUGCCAUCAAACGAGCCACUACUGAUAAAGGUCCAUGGGAGAUGUUAAAGCACUGCAUUGAAGAGCUGGGACCUGGAGGAGAAUGCAAAAGCAUAAACUUCAUCUGUACCAUGACUGAUGACAUUGAUCAAAAAGAGUAUUGCAGGUUAGUGUUAUAAAAUACAAAUCAAUAAAAAUAAUGAUAGAAAAUA